AUGAAGGCUGACCAAAUAUUGUCAGCCCUAGGCAAAGGCUUUCUGAGCACGACGCAAACUGAAUUAAUCUUUGGUCCAUAUGGGCAGCUUCUUCUACGAAAUAUUGAAGAUAGCUGGUGGAAGCAGUGUGUCGUAUCCUCAAAGUAUAAUAUUUACCCAACAAAAAUUUCCCAAGUUCCAUGGACUCUAGAAUGUCUACGGGACACUAGUGGCGCUGCCUUACCAUUUGGAUUGGUAUCAGUGGAAAAAGUCAAAGGAGUAAUGAAGCCCUGCACAGUGUUCGGAUUGCCUCUGCCAGCCUCAUGCCAAACAAUGACGUUAACAACAAUUGGCGACAAGAAAUCGGUCAAAGAUUUGUUCUAUAGAAAGCAGAGGGAGCGCAAAGCUUGGUGGCGUAAGUUUAGCAGUAAUCCAUCGAGGUUUGUCAUUGGGAAUUCUGAAAAAGAUGGAACUCGUGAAAUUGUUGAUAUAAAGGUCUGUUUUCCGCAGCAAAAUUUGACCAUCGAGACUGUUUCUUUUGGUAAAGCUCAAGACUAUUUGCAGGACAGCUACCCAGGUGUUCUUAGUGAGUCAUAUGUCGUGGAGCAUGUCACGUCUUCGGAACUAGCGUUCUUAGCAUUCUUAUGUGACGGAUAUGUGGAGGAUGGCGAUUCUUUGCACAUUCACCCUAAGCUAGCUCCCUUUAAAGCAUUGAUAACAACAGAAUGCAAAUCUGAUGAUGGAGAGUUGAUCAGGGAAUUGGCUAUUUAUCUCAAUCAUCAAUUGAAGGCAGAUUACCUUAACACAAUUGUGUCAUCCAACAGCAAUGAUGCAAAAAUUUUUCGUACUCCUUAUGUCAUCAUAGUUGACAAUGAGAGUUUGAAAAGCGGCAUAGUCCGAGUAACUUGUCAAUUGACGACCAUUAGUGAAAAAGUGCAUAUUACAGAAUUAGUAAAAUAUAUUGAAGCAAUAUGCUGCAGGUAGUUGUCAAGUGAAACUGAUUUAUAGUAAUAAAUACUGGACACUAGGGGCCUCAGUUUUAUCGGUC